GAUCGUUAUUUUAGUUAAAAUAUUAUAUAAAAAUGGAUUUCAAUACUUCUGGGACUAUGCGUAGUCCGUUUUCACCACGAGUAAGACAAUCUAUUACCGGCCGGAGGCCUAUCGGGCUAUCUUCGGCUAAAAAACCACAAAGCAAAUUCAUCCAGUCAACGGAGCCACAAAAUGGAGAUGUUAUCUACAAGACUCCACUUACCACGGUGGAGACUUACGGAACUCCACUACCUGUUAUGGUCACUGAAGCUCUUACAUUUGCUAGUGGAGAGGUUACAGUCCGUCUGUCCCCAUGCGGUUGGUGCUGGUUGGUGACGGGGCGGAGGAUCCUAGCCUGGCCGAGGGAAGUCCUGGCGCCUAGCGGAGCGGCCUCGCCUGCCCCAGCUGGCACCGUCGCUGCUAGAGAACUCACGUUACCGCAGACUGAUCUAGCACAUAAAGCUGAUUUGGUCACCUUGUUUUAUGAAGAUGGGGCGCAGAUGCCAUCCUGCAUAGGCGUAUCCCCAGAAGGUAUAGUCCGCUACUGGCCCUCUGUUGGACAAGAGGGCGUGUAUGUGGACGUAUCAGCUGAGCUGGCUGGGCAAGAGUGCGAGCGACUAGGUGACUAUACUCGUGCGGGGAUCGUAUUGGCUACGACCACCUGCACAGUUGUGUUGCUGGACCCCACUGUUGUUGAUGGCCGCGCCACAGUCACGUGUCACACCCUGCGCCCGCCGAGCGGCUGGCUGGGCGGCAUCGGGCGUCGAGUGUCACUGCUUUUCUUCGGGUCUAUGCCUGCUCAUGCGGAUACCAAACUAGUAGGUGUGGUGGUGUUAUCAGAUGGACUACUGACAGAGAACGGGGGUGCUAGACUAGCGCUUGUCGCGGGCGGAGGCGGCGUGGGCGCAGGCGGACCGCUGCUACAGCUGUGGUGGGGCGCCGAGCUGCACACGCAUGCGCUGCGCCGCGCGUUGGCUGACGCGCACGCCAUCAAGCACUUGCAGCCGCAGGGUGAUCUGAACAGCUUGGAGAUAAUUGCCCUGGACGUGCGCGCGAGUGGCAGUGACGGUUUGUUGCUGCUUAUCGCCGCCUUCAACGUAGCGCGCUCGCCUGAGAUGAGAUACGCUAUUGCGCACAUCUCGGUGGAGGACCCCGCCAACCCGCGCGUGACGUCACUGGUGGGCGUGCGCGGCGGCGCCCGCGCCGGGGAGGUCGAUGACCCCCCGCGCCUGCUGCCGCUGGCCGCGCGGGCGCUGCUCUACACCAACAAGUACAUCGCCGUCGUGGCCACAACAGUAUCUAACGACAAGGCAGACUACAUAGAUGUGUCGUCAGAGGGCGAUAAAAUAUUAGGCGCGGAGCUGUGUAACGGUGUCCCCUUAUUGUUUAGCAAGAAACACGGCGUGUUGGCUCUAUAUACUGCUGAUAGCUUGGCGCCUACACCGUCGGUGUGCGAUAGUCCGAUGGGAUCGCCGUGUCCCUCUGAUAUGUACGAUGGCAACUUAUCGCUGUAUGAAAUCGAUCCUCAUGAGGUGAGCAUGGUAACAACAGACGCUUGUGGGAAGCUUAAGACAGCCUUCCUCUUCCACCUGCGACGCGAUACUGUGGCCUGCCGCGCCAUUGUCGACGAGCUGUUCCCGCCGCCGCCGCCAGGCUCGCCCUCCAGGAGGCUAGAAGAAGAAGAGAGAGAUGUUGACAGCGUGCUAGACAGGACCGUGCUGAAGAUAGCCACGGAAAUGCUCGAUGAUAUACCCGCCGGGGAUCCGAGAUGGAAGCAGCGUCCGGGCGGUCCUCACACGAACAUCGCGCUAGGAAGCUCGGCCGCACUGCAGAUAGCGGCGCAACUGAGAGACAAACAGCGCGCCUUCUCACUGUUUGUCGACUUCAUACGCAGUGCCGGACUGUGGACGCGGCUGUUGUAUGUCAGUCGAGAAACGGGCGGCGGCGUAGUGACAACCCAGUGCGCUUUGGGAGCGUUAGCUGAGCAGUUGGCCAUCGCUAUCACGCUAAGGAAGUUGCAGCAAGGAAACGACGCGCAACUCAUUGACGCUGCUAUAUACCAGGUAGUGUGCGGCGACAACUCCGAAGUGGAGGAGGAACCCGAAGUAGAAGCAGCGUUAUCCUCGGGCGCGCUGUCUCCGGCGGACGCGUGCUACCGCCGCGUGUCGCGCAUAUCGCGGGUGCUGCGGGCGCUGGCCGCCGCCGCCGCGCACGCCGACGCCAAGCAGGCCGCUGCGCACGCCGCUAGGACCAUACACGUCAUCACUGCGGUGCUAACAGAGGUGCACAAAGUCCGCUCGCAGUGGCAAUCUCGAUCCGUGCCGCCGGUGCUCGGGCCCCGUGCUCUACUGCCGGCGUUAGCUGAACUACACAAACGAGCUAUCACACAAUGCGGGCGCAACUGCCCGGACCCUACUCUCCGCGCUCAAGUAUACGAAGCGGCGGCUUCAUUAGCAGACCUCAUACUGACAGAUGCACAACACCUACAGCUCAGCACCCACACGCAACACGUGUACGAGAGGAUGAGGAGGGAAGCCAUACAACCCUUCAUCGAAGAAGGGCAGACUGAGCGAGCGGCGGCGCUGGCGGAGAAAUUCAAGGAUUUUGAACUGUUGAUCGAGAUGUGUGUCAAGAAUGACGACUUGGAGAGGCUCUACAGUUACAUCGACAAGUAUUCUAAUGAGGGCAUAGCGGAAGCAACAUUCGCGUGGCUCACCGAGCACGGCGGGAGCACGUCGGCGCGGCUGGUGCGCUCGCUCGGGGCGCGCUACCCGCAGCGCCUCGCCGCCUGGCUCGCCGCCGCGCAGCAGCGGCAGCCGCUGCUGGCGCUGCACCACCUCGCCGCCCGGGACCACGCCCAGGCCGCCGCCAGCCUGGCCCGCAUGGCCAGCGAGGAGACCGAGUCGGUCAACAGGAUGGCUACGAUGGCGUCACUCGGGAAGCUGUGCCUCCUAGCGUCCAACGAGGACGCGGCGUCCACGGCCACGUGGCGUGAAAUCUCGUCGCGGCUGCAGCUGUACGAGCAACACUUGGCCUUGCCGCGCGAUAUUCGCAUCCGGCACGGCGUAGACGCCGCCGACACCCGCGUCAUGCCCGCCGAGGACCUCGUGCAGAUGUACAUAGAAUCUGAAAGCAAGGCGUUGACGGAGUACGAUUUCAAGAAAGCCCUAGACCUGACAGACUUCGUGUCUGAUAUGGAGCGUCGUGACGACCUUAGACUACGGAUCUGGUGCGCGUGUAUCAAACGGGACGACUGGUCGUCCUGUCGUGUGGACGCGCCCGCCGAAGAACUCACAGACAAGAUGUUCUUCCGGCUUGUCGACCUCGUACAUGUUAUGGGUGGCGACUUAGAGCUCCUACUCCCGCCAGUGGAGGACAUAAUGACGGCGCCCGAGCUCGCGGAGCUGGUCUCCGACCCUCGGUUCCACUUCAUCAUCAAGUACGGCUACGAGUGUGUCGACACCACACGGAACGACGCCACUAUGGAGACUUAACUACAUACAUGAAAUAACGCUUCCGGUUGGGAUAAACCUCAGGGGUAGACAGAAACCACGAAAUUCCACUUACUACGAUCCUGAUACACUAAUUUCGCUUCUUUCACUCUCAUCAAAGACUUCAUGUAUGCUCGCCCCAUGCGGUCGGCACCCUCUACACUAGUCACGAAGUUCCUCGGCGAAGUACUCGAGAUACUUUGGCAACAGUCCGAAGUGCGACACUACAUACUCGUUCAACUUCGCGAUGAGCUCAUUCGCUAUAAGGCGCCGACAGCCUGCGCACGUUUGUAACGGACUCUCAAGUAGCAGCUGAUACUUGUACGUACGUCAAAAAACAAAAAAAAGACGAAUAAGAAGAUGGUGGACGAUUGAAAUGCAUAGCAACAGAACUAGGUCCCAAAUAAUGGUCUCCGCUUGCGGAAUUUCCAGGAACAACAUAAUUUGCUCCGAGUAGUGUAGAGAGGCACUUCGUGAACGCACUUCGUGCAACUUCGGGCCCUUUGACUCGGUACCAAAAACGACACCAAAUGGAAGUCACCCGAGGCGAAGUAAAGUUUGACGAGGUAAACCGAAGUGCAUCUCUACACUAUCCUAUUCGUCUAACUUCGUUCAACUUCGCGAGUAGUGUAGAGGAGGCAUAAGAUGUUAAUUCCAACCUUCCUCGAACUCGGCUCAAAAUCGUUAUUCUUAGACGACGCCUCAACCUUAACUCGAGUUGACUGUAUUACGGCAUGACGUCAUUAUUUUCGUAUUAUUAUUUUGGCAGUAUGAUAUGCUUGACUUAGUAACGUCCUCAAGUCGAAGACGUCAAUUUAAAAUACCAAAAUGCGCAACUGAGCCCGAGUCGAGUGAAUACGUAAUUGUUAUUCUUUUUUUUGUGUAAGAAGCCGAAAAGGGAAAAGUUCCAAAUUCAACACCAUCACCAGAAACACAUAGUUAAACACUGAAUUUCUUGUGUUCCGUAACAAAGAUUAUACUUAGAUAACUGUUUUAAUUACGCGUUUUUUAUCUAGUAACAUAACUGUCUAACAGUUAGUUGACUAUAAAAAAUAUGCUAAUGUAAUUUAAACUAGGUUAGUGCGCGAAUCUUUCGCGACUUUGAAAAUUAAAGUACUCACCAUUCGAUAAAGCGAAUUCAGACUGAUUUAGCUCAUAAUAUGUGUUAGAUGUAAGUAUGUAUUAUAAGUUAUAGUUUUAAAUAUUCUAUGGAUAUCAUCUUACUAACAGGAAAAGGGUAACAUUCAGAGUACUAUAAUUCAAUAUAAUUAUUAUCACCGCUAAAAUAUCCUAGCAUCUUCUGUUUUUGUAAAUAUCCAGUCGGAAGUUGAUAAGGUUGGUAACAUGCAUAAAUUUCAUUAUUUUUCCUUUUGCCCAUUUGAGGGUCAGGCUAAGAUCGUGAGACCAUGCUGCCUAGUCUUCAGUACUACCCAUUUUCAACUGAAUAUUGCAAAAAGACAAAAGAUUCUGAGAUAUUUAUGCGGUGAUAGAAAUGAUAUUGACUUUCAAGUGCUCUCUAAAAUUCCACCUAAAAAAACCCAUUGCAUUUUUGGUUCCCCAUACUACAAUAAAAAUUAUGUAAUUUAACUAAAUAGUUCUGUUUGAUUAGUGUGAUAUUUGCUUACCUUAGGUUUCGUUGUGUAAAAUAUCUUGAUGUUAUUAUUGUAAUCUUGUUUUAUUUUGUCUAAAAUAGCGUAACGUCGAUAGCAUUUUUAGUUAAACUGUUAUUAAGAAUGUAUUAGUAAUGUGCAGUAGUAUGUUCACAAUAAAAUAUAUUUUGAAGUA